CGUCCUCCGUCUCAUCAUCAUCAUCACGAUCGCAGCAAAGUUUCAACCUUGUGGUGGCUCCACCGACGUUGCAGUUUACCCCAUUUAGAAACCCAUACGAUCUCUUCAUGAUGAUCAUUCAUGCCCAAUAUCGAACCUGCCUUUUCGUAUCGGUUGAUGCGGCCAAGAAGAGGCCGAGCAUAUGAUGCGUACAUCACUCAAGCAACCUUGCCCAACAUCCUCAUUACCUCGGGGUUGCCUAACCCUGAUUGUUGUGCUUUUGAUUUUCAGAUCCCGCACUGUGCGAUGGUCCCGUAUGGAAGCACUGUCAGUGGAAUUCUGGUCCAUCGGUGGCAAAACUGUCACAGAUUUCUCUCUUGCCCUGUACAGUAAUGAUGUGAUAUUAUUCAGCACCCAAACCACACUUCUCGGGUGCUCAUUCAUAGUGCAAAGCACAAUGAAUUUGCUGAUAGUGGCUCGACACGAUCUUGUCCCAAAUUCUGGUACUACUGGAGUGGUAUUGAUAGUUUAUCCAUCGUCUAGUUUGCUGGGGCUUUGAAACCAGGCAGAUGUAUAUCUUUGAAACGAUUUGUGGAGAUGAUGGAGCACUUCGAAAUUUCACCUCGAACCCACAAGUUCGAUCGUGUCCGAUGCGGGAUUUAUCAAAACUCUCA